AUGAAGAAAUCUCUGUCAGACAAGGGCGUGUUUGUCGCAGCGAGAUUUAUAGACCGAGAGCCCGAAUACCUUCAUUCGACUCGAAAUCGACCAUUUCAUGUCGUUGUCUCCAGUGACAUUCAUACUAAGUACGCUCUAUCACAGAUAUCGAAAACGUCCGAUCUGUCCAGCGGCACGUGGCUGCUUUUCAUGGAUACCAAAACAUCGCUAGAAGAAUUCUUCGCCGACAUUCACAUCCCUUUCGACAGUGACUUCCUGGUGGCACAACACUCUUCCGGAGUGUCUGAAGAGAAUUACGAAGUGUCGCUUACUGAGGUGUACCGAGUACGUGACACUCUGCCACUCCAACAUCUUCGCAUUGCUAACUGGAGUUCUGUGAGUGGACUAAGCUGGACUACCUCGAACAUACAACAGAGGCGAGAUCUACAGGGUAUCGCCAUAAGAUGUGUCUUUAUUCCAGAACCUCCAUAUUUAUCAGUUGGCGGAUACCAUGGAAAAGAUCCUGUCUACGUGAAUGGAUACUCCGUAGAAUUAAUGAAGGUUUUACAAUAUCGCAUGAAUUACACGACAAACUAUUACAUUCCCGACGAAAUAUCUUACGGCACCGAAGACGAGAACCGAUCUUGGAACGGAAUGGUGGGAGAAGUGGUAAAGAGGCGAGCUGACGUCGGUCUGAAUCUGUUCAUGCUGACCACAAAGAGGGCCGGAGCUGUUGACUUCUUCCCACCGAUCUUCAACACCAAAAUGAUGGUGCAUGUCAGAAUGCCGGGCAUUGACCACAGCAGCUUCAGGCAGCUGGUGUCACAGUUCACCCCUCUGCUCUGGGUCACGGCGAUCAUCACAAUGGUGAUACUGACCUUGUUCCUGUCGGCAACUUGGUACGCCGCAGUUCGUUACAAUUAUCACCGCGAAGUCGUCAGCUACAGAAUGCACGAGUCGUGGAUCUACACAGUCGGUAUCAUCUGCCAGCAAGGUAAGAACUGAUGAGAGUCAGGACACACAACUGACUCAAGCCAAAUAUUUGUGUUCAACGCCGAAGGGCGAUAUGAGAAAUGCGUGCGAAAUUCUGGUCAGGAAACCCGAAGGGAAAGAUUAAUCUUCUGGGUAAUGCGUAAAUUGGAGGAUAACAAUAAAACAGACAUUAAUUAAAUAAUGUAACGAGGGGCAACAGUAAUUACACAAACCACCACAAGACUCCUAAACUAACAACGCCACACACUGAAAAAAAAAUUACACGAUCCGGUUGGUAAAUAAUACUUUUUAAGUUUCUCUUGCCUAACGUAAGUAACUUCCAUUUGUAUGUGUUAGUCUUGCCGCAACAAAUAAACCGAAACACACUUAAUGAAAAUUGAAUC